CAACAGGACGUGCGGGGCUACGUGCACGAGAUCAGCAGCGGACGUUGGUGGCAGUAGUGUACGCGGAUGUGCAUGAUUUUCGCGAAAAAAGUAGGCCUUGGAGUCCCGCGUAGAAAACAUGCUGCUCUAGGUGUGUGAGUGCGAUGGCGCGUGGCUCUUCGCCGCGUCUGUGUUAACUGAAGUGCCUAAAUAUUUUACCUUAAAUCCGAGCGAUUGGACGGCCUAUUUCAGAGAGAUACGAGAACGCAAUUUAAACGGUCGUCUCGCGGACGUCGUUUCCUCCGAAAAUCAGCCUUCGUGAACCUACGACCGCGUAAUUCAGGCCCGCAAUGAGUGUCGCGCAAUUCGCGAGGAAGAAAGGACUGAGUGGGAAAAGGAGCGAGCGCAAGCAGGAAAGUUACAUGAGCCCGUUGAACGGCUUGAAGAGAAGUCUGGAAGAGCUUAACAGCAUCGUGAGCGUUAUUGUCAACGAGGAUAAGAGGUUAACUCGUGGAAUGGUCCAGAAAAUGACUAAACAGAAGGCAACGGGUAACUCCAGCAAGGAAUCUACAUCGCGGAAUAGUGUAAUUGUUAUCAAUGACAGUGACAAUGAGGCAGCUAACGGGGAGCCUGACAGUGGAAGCGCCUCGACACCGUCCUCGUCUGUACGGAAAAAAAGAAAAUCAAUGACGCCUGCCGAACAGAACGCAGGUACACCAUCCAACACGCCGUUGGAUAACGACGCAUCCGUCCUUUAUUUGUCAAGCACGCAGGGAUCUUUAUCGAACGGGGAAAAUAUAGCACCAGCACAAACGGAGGACGAUGUCGUUGAGCUGUGGUCGUGUCUAAAUAGUAAAAACAAGAAGAAGAAAAUUAAGCAAUUUAAGAAACGUGAAUUGUUUAGGAUAGACAGAAGACCGAAUCUGAGCUAUCUCAAGUAUCUAGAGGCAGAUACGAAAGACACAGAAAAAACAAAAUGCAAACACAGACUAUUCCAAGACAAUAUUCAAACUGAGCCCGAGUCAUUUACGAAACCUGUUAAGCGGAAAUUGUCGAAAUACGAUUUAAGCAGCAACUCGAUAAGAAAGAAGCAGCGCAUCGAUAACUUGAUUUCGAGUAGUACAAGGUCGGAUCCACACCACAGUGAAGGGAAUAGGAAUUUGGACGAGGAGAAUCAAAGCGAAGCAAAUUCAACGCGUAAAUUAAGAGAGAUAGUUGUUGACGGCUACAAUGUAGCAAAGGCUCAUACAAAUGGAAAAGAGUUCUCGGCAAAAGGUAUCAAAAUAGUAGUAAAUUAUUUUCAAUCGAGGGGUCACGUUGUAAAGGUUUUCUUACCACACCAUGCCCGAAAAAAGGAACAUACCUUUCUCGAGCAGUUGUACAGAGAGGGCACGGUCGUUUUUACACCUAGUCGCAUCCUUGCUGGGCGAAGAAUCACAUCGUAUGACGAUCGGUACAUACUGGAAUACGCGACGUUAUGUGAAGGUGUAGUAAUUUCCACGGAUCAAUAUAGAGACCUGUACAGAGAGAAACCGGAAUGGCGCGAUACAAUUUUAAAUCGUUUACUGAUACCCACUUUCGUCGGGGAUUACAUCAUGUUUCCAGAGGAUCCAUUAGGCAAGUUUGGACCAAAUCUCGAGACAUUUUUGCGACAUUAACAUAAUUAUGAUGUUGUAUAUUAUCGUUGUAAAUUCAAUAUGUGGACUGCAAUCUUUUGUAUUAUAAUUUUAUUUCAGACCCUUCUUUUCUUUUCUUCUC